AACAACAGCGAACGUCAAACCUGCCUAGCAGGAGGCGCGGCGGCAGUGGCGACGGCUCCCUGCGCGCCAGCGGGGCCUCACCGCCUCCGCCCCUUCCUAGGGCCGCCUAGCCCCUCUCCGCCCGGCGAGGCUCACGCACCGACCCGCAGCGAGCUCGUCGCGGCGGCGGUUGGACCCGAGCUCACACAGCAGGCUCACAGAUGGGUCAGGGACUCUGGAGGGUUGCUAGGAACCAGCAACUGCAACACCAAGGAUUCAGUGGACAAGGCUAUCUUACCAGAGAGCAUGGUAGGAGAAUAGCUGCUAACAAUGUCUCCAAUACAAGCCACCGGAAACAAGCCCAAGGAGGCAUUGACAUCUACCACUUACUGAAGACAAGAAAAUCUAAAGAACAGGAAGGAUUCAUUAACUUGGAAAUGCUGCCACCAGAGCUUAGUUUUACCAUUUUGUCAUACCUGAAUGCAACUGAUCUCUGUCUAGCCUCAUGUGUUUGGCAAGAUCUUGCUAACGAUGAGCUUCUCUGGCAAGGGUUGUGCAAAUCCACUUGGGGUCACUGUUCUAUAUACAAUAAGAAUCCACCUCUAGGAUUUUCUUUUAGAAAAUUGUAUAUGCAGCUAGAUGAGGGCAGUCUCACCUUUAAUGCCAACCCUGAUGAGGGAGUCAACUACUUUAUGUCCAAGGGCAUACUAGAUGAUUCGCCAAAGGAAAUAGCUAAGUUUAUCUUUUGCACAAGAACACUAAAUUGGAAGAAGCUGAGAAUCUAUCUUGAUGAAAGGCGAGAUGUUUUGGAUGACCUUGUGACACUGCACAACUUCAGAAAUCAGUUCUUGCCAAAUGCACUGAGAGAGUUCUUCAGACAUAUUCAUGCCCCCGAGGAGCGCGGGGAGUACCUUGAGACUCUCAUAACGAAGUUCUCUCACAGAUUCUGUGCUUGUAACCCUGAUUUGAUGAGAGAGCUUGGCCUUAGCCCUGAUGCAGUGUAUGUACUGUGUUACUCUUUGAUUCUUCUUUCCAUUGAUCUAACCAGCCCUCACGUGAAGAACAAAAUGUCAAAGAGAGAAUUCAUCCGAAAUACACGACGAGCUGCACAGAAUAUUAGCGAAGAUUUUGUAGGGCACCUUUAUGACAACAUCUACCUUAUUGGCCACGUGGCUGCCUAAACGCACAAUUUGCUAGCACAAUUUGUAAUUUUCAAAAACUACAUUGUUUCAAGAAAUAGAUUAUUUUGUAGAGAUGGGGGUUAUUUUAGUGCUGGUCAUUCUAACCUCUGUAUGCAAUCAAAGUUUGUGUGUAAGUGUGUAUGUGUAAACUACCUUUUCUAUCUAUUUACUGUGGGAAUGGAAGGAUUUGGAGAUUUGUUUUUCAUAAUUUUUUUAAUUUUGCACAAAAUAGUGCUGUUAGUCUGACACAACUAAUUACAAAUGUUAAAACUGACAUUACAGUCUAAGCUGACAAAGUGGUGGAUUUGUGUAUUAGAUCUGCUUGAUACUUUAAUAAGUUCAUUCUUUUUAAGAUACUGUGUAAUGUGUAUAUAUUUAACUAAAGAGAUUUAUAAUCAUAAUUAUUUUAUUGUAAAAUAUUUUAACUAAAAUUUCUCCUUCUCUCUCUUAAAAGUGUACUUCCUUCUUUUGCAUUAAACUUUUUUUUACAGUGCUAAUUACCUCAGAUAUAUAGGUUAGAGAAACAUAGGUCUCAAUACUGUGAUAAAGUUUUUUUUUUCUGAGAGAUGACAGAACACUUGUAAAGUAUCUAAGUUAAUAUUUAAUACUAUAUGACUAACUUGAAUAACCAUAUUGGUCACAUAGGCAUAGCCUAGGGAAAAUGUGCAUGUUGCACAGAGAUAGGAAACUUAUUUUGCUGGCAGUAGCUAAUGGUGGUGUAGAACAACUACAAUCAGCUAUUCAGCCUUGUAAGCAAAGAAAACUUAAACAGGGAAAGCGGUGUAGGGAAGCUAAUGUUGCUGCUUUCAACCAUCUCCCUCAGUCUGGAAGUGUCAAUGAUGGAAACGGCCAGGUAAAUUUAUAGCAGAUGACUCAUUGUUAAAGCUGUUAACAGCUGUGACCGAGCGAGCUUAGAGUGGUGACUGUGGAAGACUGGAGCUGCUUCAGACUGUUUUGGACAACUCAGACUCUUCCUAAAUCUCUUCUGUAGCUAGAUUUUAAAUAGUUCUAGACUUAGGAAAAUACUUGAAAAAUGGUUUCAAUCAGGUUGUGUCAUGAAUGCUCUGAAACAUGCAGAAUAUUAGCCGUGCAUUUGCAAUGCAAGUGCAGGAAGUUAUUAAGCAUUUGCCUUGUUUUACUUCAUACUGCAGUGCUUCUCUUAAACUGACAUCAGAUGUAGUUGAAGUAAGAGCCAUUCCUUAAUCUCUUCCUGAUCAUAUUUGUUUAUAUAAUACUCAGCUAUCUCUAGCAUCUGUUUUUAUCAUAAUAAAAGAUUUAUCAUUUUUACGUACCACACCAUGAGAUGAGGUAGGAAGAUGUUCUUAGUUGUGUUUUACAAACCUCUAUAGUAGUUGUUUUUUGUUUUUAAUGUAAGAAGCUUAUGGCGGAGCCAGGAACUGAAUGCAGCUCAUACUCAUAGACAUAUACUUUGCCCACACUGCUGCUUUCUUUUUGGCACUGAGUAGAUAUUACAUUUGUCUUAGAUGUGAGAGGAAUGAUGACUGACAAUAUACUAAUUUCAGUUUACAUAAGGGCUACAUAAAUAAUGGGGGAAAAAACGGAGCUACUGCUGGUACCUCAAGUAUUUAGUAAAAGAAGUCAUGUUCAUCACUCUGUCCACACGCAAAAAUGCGUCCAGAAAGAAUUGUAUUUUUUAAGUAAAUUACCAUUAAUCAAAUUUAAACAUAAUUUGCAUUUGUGUGGCAUACACGACCAAAGUCAGGAGCCAGCAGUACUGCAGCAAUCUUCUUGUGAAGUUUUACAGUGUUGCUUCCCUCUCUGAGGGUAAGCUCUCAUCACUUCAUUCUGGGUCCUUUCAUAUAUUUUGGAAGGCUCAAGGACGCAUUCCUUAAUCAUUAGUCAUCAAUUAAUGUCAAACACAAAAUGUUAAAAGCAUAAUAUUAAACUUUGCCUUAGGCGAAGGUCUUUAGUCCUGUUAAAAAAAAAAAAAAAAAAGUUGGAAAAUUUUAUAAGUAUUCUGUAAAAACAAGGAUAAGCAUGUGCUUAAAGUAACUUUUAAAGUAUUAAAGUACUUUUACACGAAGACUGCAGAAUACUGCUUCCUAAAAUACACUCUUCAGAUGUUACACACAUGCAAGUAGGAAUUCCACGAAUUUUGAAGUUUCAACAAGUUACAAUCUUAUCAGGAAAAGUUUUCUUCUGGGACCACAAAUGCAGCUCAGAGUCUAAUUCUCUUUUCCCUGGCACCUCUGUUGACAUCGGAGAUAGUGGUUUUAAUUUUACACUGAUAUGAGAGUACAAUUCAUUAAUCUACAUUUCUCUCAAUUUCUAGUGACUCUCAGUUCCUAUCCUCAAACAGAUAGAGAACAAAGCCUCCAGGCAGGCAGAAUGUGUUCUUUCUGGAGUAGUUGAAUACAUCUAUUAACAAGGUUUAGAAAGCUUCAAGGCCCAUGUAACAACCAAGAAGAUAAAUUAAAAACAGGAGAAUAUGCUAAAAGUUUCUGUAAAUCCAGGAGGAAAAAAAAAAUUACUCCUAUAAAUAACAGCUUCUGGUCUUCACAAGAAAUUCUGAAUAGUGUUAAUUGAUUAGCACCCAACUCAUGUUGUACAUUAUAUUAGCAUCUCAGAGUGGAUAGAAAGCACCUCACUCAACGUGCCAUGUGUGAAUUCUUUUAGAAAUAUCCAAUAAACAAAAAAUGACAAUAAA